AUGGCAAGAGAUAUUCGGGUUGUUACUUUGGUACAACAUUUUCAGGAUUUGCAUAUUCAAACAAGAUCAAUCCAGAAAUCAUCACCAACGACACAGCCAGAGCAAACAGGGGUUUUCAAAACCAAUACGGUACUGGCAUAUGAUGAUAAUUUACAAUUGGUAGCAUGGGGGUAUCCCGCUUUGGCUCAAGAACCACCAAAGAAAAAGCGCCUUCAGAAUAAACCACGAUCCAAACCGGUGGAAUUGUUUAAAUUACAUUUGGCGAAUGUAAGGGAUGAUGAAAAGCCUCCGCUUCCUCAUGGAUUAGAUCCCAGAAGAGCAAUCACUGAUUAUCUACAUGAAAUGAAUAAAUUAAUUGUGGAAACACUUAACUCUCGAUGGCCGGGUAUAAGGUAUCCUCAACAAGUACGAUUCGUACUAUCGGUACCUUCAGAAUGGCAUCAUGAUGCCAAAGCCAUAAUGAGAGAAUGUAUGUUCAAUGCGGGCUACUUGGAAACUAGACAAUCUGAAAAUUUGGAAUUCACAACUGAACCCGAAGCAGCUGCUGUAUAUUGCAUGAAAAGUUUAACGGAACAUCACUUAUCCGUAGGAUCAUCAUUUAUGAUUGUUGACUGUGGUGGUGGUACAGUAGAUUUAACAACCAGAACUUUAUUACCUGGAAUGAAAUUGAGUGAAAUUACCGAACGUAGUGGAGACUUAUGUGGUAGUUCUUAUGUAGAUCGGGAAUUUUUAAGAUUCCUCGGGAGGAAAUUAGGAUAUGCAGCAAUGAAAAAAUUAAAAGAAAAUCAUUACGGGCAAAUGCAAUAUUUAGUACAACAGUUUUGUUCACGAGUGAAAUUUGCAUUUAACGGAAAUCCAAAUGAAUACGUCACCAAAGAAUUGGAUAUUGAAAGAGUGUGUCCAGCAUUAAUGGAAUAUGUUACAGGACAUGCAAAAGAACAAAUGGAAGAAGCCGAAUGGUUGAUUGAAUUGGAUUUCUUGAAUGUAAAAGAAAUGUUUGACCCUGUUGUUAAUAAGAUUAUCGAAUUGAUUACAAGACAAUUGGCGUCAACUGAACGAAGAUGUAGCGCAAUGUUUUUGGUGGGCGGGUUUAGUGAAUCUCAAUAUUUACAAUCACAAAUCCGAAGACAAUUUAUGAAUCAAGUAUCGACCAUCGCUGUACCAAAACAUCCGAUUGCUGCUGUUGAAAGAGGUGCUCUGGAAUACGGGUUGAAUAUGGAGAUUGUACAAACACGUGUGUUGAAAUUCUGUUACGGAGUUGAAGUUAGUGCUAAAUGGGAGAAGGGUGAUCCACCAGAACGUAGAACUCCUUCAGGACGUAUAUUUAAAUUCCAUCGAUUGGCAUUAAGAGGUGUUGAAGUUGCAGUGGAUCAGAAAUUUUAUUACACAGCUGGUCCUGUAGUUCCAAAUCAAACCGAUAUGACCUUUAAUAUCUUUAUUACACCGGAUAAUAAUUCUAAAUAUUGUGACGAAGACGGUAUGAAAAUGCUAGGAAAAAUGAAAAUAGAUUUACCUGAUCCCCAACGUGGUAAAAAUAGACUAGUUGAAUUCACUUUAACUUUUGGUACUAUGGAAGUUAAAGCUACCGCCAUCAACAAGAGAACUGGUCAAAUUUAUGAAAGCACCUUUAUUUUGGAAUUCUAA